CCCAGUCACGUGACCCCCAUUGACGCAUUCUUCCAGCAUCUGAAUGCUAUUCUCCCCCCUCGAAUCGAGAGGUGUGGUGAAGUCCGGGGCUCUUACUUUCACUUUUUACUUUGAUCAUAAGCUUUCCGCUCGAGCAAGAGGUUGCACUCUUAUUUUUGUCUUUUACCCAGGCGACUCAGCAACUAACUAGAAAUAAUGUUUUCCUGUUAUGUAUUUUGGGCUGCUCUUUCGCUGUCUGGCUUUCUGAGCGACUUCCAUGUGUUCAGCUGUGAUGACUACUGCGCAGACAAGCCUGUAUUUAAUCCGCCCAGACUAGCGGUCAAGUUUGGCACGUCGACGUCAGCCAACUGCUCCGUUUGCCAACACGCUUGCCACAACAAGUUGUCUGGUUUGGAAAAAUCAACCGGCAAAAUACAACGAGACGGGACCACCAUUUUGUGGACGGUGGACAAAAUGGUUACGUACCCUACGUCUAUCAUGUGCUACUACAACAAAGGCAACAGAUCCCAAUGCUGUAGCACCCUGCCCAUCACCGUCUACCAGCCUCCCACAGAGGUCAAGGUGGGGUUUGUCGGUCACUCCGGGCCGAUGGUGGAGGGUGAACAGUUCGCGCUGUACUGCAGCGUGAAAAAAGUUGCUCCUCUUAAAAACCUCAUCUUGACCCUCUACCAAGGGGAAAACGCAGUCGCCCAGCAGCACUUUAAGAACAACACAGAGAAGAAGCCGGCUGACAGACAGUUCAACCACAUUAUCAAUGCUACCAAAGAAAACGAUGGAGCCCAAUUUAAGUGUUACGCCGAGCUGGACAUGAGACCCGAUAGUUUGCAGUAUACUGCUCUGUCUGGUCAUCUCAUCGUCAAUGUUCAAUAUAAGCCUCACUUCAACGGACCUGCUAAUGAACAGAUCAGCCUCACAGUGGGAGAUCCCCUUCACCUCAACUGCUCCGCCAAGGGUAACCCAAGACCCUGGGUGACGUGGACCCUCCCGUCGGCCGCCACCUUCGAAGGCGAAGUUUUCUCGGUGGACUCGGUCACCACGGAGCAUCGAGGACUGUACAUCUGUUCUAUGAGCAACACAUUGGGAAUGACCACUGUUGAGUUUAACGUGGACGUACAGGUCAACUACCUGAAUAUUAUUUUUGCGGUGGUCGCAGCGGCAGUCGCUCUUGGGGUCCUCAUCAUCUCGGCGGUGUGCAUCUAUUACUACAGAGUGAGCCGGACUGGCCAAUACAGGCUGAAGGACGUGUUGCGUUUUCGUACCCCGCACGUGGCCCUCCCAGCUGGGGAGUUGUAAAGCGCAAGGUAUGGAACGAGCACGAAGACGUUGCUGUUUCUCCAAACGCGUGCAUACUUGUGCAAAGUUGAUUAACAAAGUCCAUCGAUGGCACAAAGCUCCCACCGACAAUAUGAGGUCCGUGUUUGAAUUGUUGUUGUUGAAGGGAAUGGGGAUUAUGUGAGUGAUAUCGAUUGCUGCUGCUGGUUGGUGCAUUUAUUUGGAUGCAGCUUACUGGUUACAGAUUUAUUUUAUUUUUUCAUUUCAUUCAUACAAUGGUGCCUUGAGAAAAGAAUAACAUGACGUGCCAUCUAUACGAUGUGUAUUUAAGACAAUGUGUUCGUAAAGCCGGCUUAGCGUGAUGCUAACAAGUAAUGUAAACUCUGAUCGACGGCUCCUUAAGUAGCAUCCAUGUUGUCGUUUCAACCCUUAAAGAAAGAGGGAUUUGAACAGCGGAGCAACACCUGUAGACAGGCAAAAAACAAUAACAAUAGGCAUAGAUUCUUUAUCCUCUGACGGUUAAUGUUACAGCUCGUUGAGGAGUUGUAACUUCAACGCUUGCAUAU